AUUCAGUCUUUUCCGUAUGCAAUUUAGUCAAGGGGCCGGGGUGGCUUUCCUAGCUGGGUGGCAUGCAUUGUGUGGUACAUGGCGUUCAAAUAGUUUCAGGCAAUUGAGCUUAAAUACUCUUCCACCUCUGGAUGGAAUUUAGAAUUGUAUAGGUAGUGUGAAGAGUGAAGAGGGGAAAGAAAGAGAGAAUGAAGGGGCCGUUGAAGAAGAGCAAAACGUUUUUGGUGCAGAAGAACCAGAUGAUGGCGACGGGCGCAAGAGAUAUUGAAUUCCCGAUCUCUCCCCAGCUGAUAUACGGGGAAGAGAUGGUCCAUUUUAGUCAUCCCGGACACCCGCUGUCCCGCGUAUGCGUUCCGGACCUGUUCACUUGCAGUGGGUGCAAGGAGUACGGCGCGGGUAACCGAUUCAGUUGCCAACAAUGCGAUUUCCAGCUGCACGACUUCUGCGCCUUGUCUCCUCCGGCUCUCAAGGCCCAUCCCUUCCAUUCCCACCACCAGCUGCUGUUUUACUCUAAGCCGGUAAAAGGCGGAAUAAUGCAGUCGAAGUGCGAUGUUUGCGCAAAAGGGAUAAAGGGAUUCGCGUUUCGAUGCGGGGUAUGCAGCAGCUUCCAGAUGCACCCUUGCUGCGCCAUGUUUAGUUGGGAAGUGAACCUGCCGUCUCUGCACGCGCACGCCCUGAGUCUGAGGAUGUCAAGUGGAGGUGGAGGUGACAGCUCCAGCAGCAGCUGCGGGGAGUGCAAGCGGAGGAGGUCCGGGAGAGUGUACCGUUGCAGGACGUGCGAUUACGAGGUGCAUGCGGUGUGCGCCAAGAACGUGAAAAACGGCCUCCGCGACAACGGACACAAGGGCGGGAGCGAGAAGGGGGGGAGCGUGCUGGGGACGGCUGCCAGGCUGGCAUCUCAGGUGGUGGUGGAGUUCUUGGGAGGAAUCAUCGAGGGCCUCGGAGAAGGGGUUGGGGAAGCCUUCGUCCAGAACAUCAAAGGCAAGGGCGGCCCCACCCCACCACUUCAACUUCAACCUCAUCCUCGUCCUCAUCCUUGAUUCAUUCGCCUUCAUCCUCCUAUUCCCUAAUUCCUAGCUCGUCUGCGUUUCUGCCGUUUCUCUUUCUCUUUCUGUUUCAUAUAUAUAUAUAUAUAUAUAUAUAUAUAUAUAUAUCUUUCUUUCUCGCCUAUUUUAAUUUGUUCAUUAUAUAUCGUCCUUCUGU